UGAUCACGUGAUUUGUAUUUCCCGAACAAAAACAAACAACACGAACGAGUCAAAACAGCAAUAUAAUGAGUCACGAAAAAGAUUAUUAACGUCUGGUAAAUCGCUGAAGCACUAGGAUGUCGUGCCUGCUGGCAACAUGUGGGGAUGCUGUCCAGUACAACCAGCUCCCCCUAGACGAUUACUGCGACGAUUCCACAGAAUCAGUUCCAAGGGAGAUAACUCGUACAAGAGAUCAACAAAACUGUAUUCAGAAAUUAAGAUGUAAUCUUACAUGUAAAAACAACUGCUGUGAUAAAAAAGUAGGGAAAAGAUGUGAAGCUUCUGUGAUAGGAUUGCUUGUGUCUAUAGGGCUACUGAUUGUAACACCGGCCAUAUGUGCUGCUCUAUUUUACUAUAGUAUGUUCAUACUACAACCUACCCCAAUUAUAGACAAAUCCAUUCAUGCCUUUACAAUCCCAAACCAUCCAGCUUCCUUAAACUUUGAUGCUUUUCAGUCUGCAUCGCAACUCAACUCUAGCAGGCAUUCCAUACCAUAUGGCCGUUGUAGUAGCCUCUUUUCUGGGAGGCACAGGAGGUUUGCCCAGUCUUUCAGUAAUGACGGAGCAAGUGAGUCACAGUGCAAUCAAACAAACAUACAAUGAAUCAUAGGUUAUCCAGAGAUUUAUCAAAGUCUUCACUAGAAACAGAUGAUUCUUUUCAUGGUUUAUCAAAGCGUUCAGCGCCUGACUCAUUUAGCAUUAUGUCACAUGUUCAGUACCAUGCACAAUGGAAGAUGCAGGUUGUUUUUAUGGCGAAGGGAGAGGAGGAUGACAACAUAUUCACAAAGGAGAGAUUAGAAAUGAUACAUGACAUUGAACAAAGGAUCAUAAAACAUCCAAAUUUCUAUCAUUUCUGUCUUAAAGACUACACUAUAGCCCAUGUUGAUCCUGCUGUCCGGGCCCAGAACUCAUGUGCUCCUCUCAAUUCUCUUAUGUCUUUCUUUUACCCUUCAAAGGAUGACCAGGAUAGACCUCUGUUUGAUGGUCUUGGUAAAACACUUAUCAGAAAUAUCAGUGAAGGUCUACAAUGGGCGUUCACGUCACAGAAAUCCUAUUACUUCGUUGAUCCACAUGUUAAUAAGACAUUUCACAAGUCUAGCUUCCUGAGGACGGAAGUGAAGUUUGGAACACCUCUUCAAGGAUAUAAUUCACCAUAUUUUGAAAUCAAGCAACAAUCAGAAAAGUUCAAAGCCUUUGUUGUCACAUACAUUGAUCUGCUGUCUAAGUUAUCUAACAAUAAAAUACAGGUAUUGUAUGGCGGUACAGAGAUCUUCGACUAUCAGGUGGACAGUACAUUUUGGAAUGAUGUCAGGAUGGCCUAUAUCACCAUGAUUUGUAUUUGUGUCAUCAUGUUGAUGCUGACGUUCUCGGUAUGGCUCACCUUUUGGGGCGUGAUCAGCAUUGUCUUGUGUUUUCCCCUUGCCCUGUUCCUGUAUCGGUUCGUGUUCAGGAUCUCGGCCCUGGGAAUUCUUAACGGAGUGGCUGCCUUUGUCAUCAUAGGAAUCGGAGUUGAUGAUGUAUUUGUAUUUGUAAACAUUUUCCGUCAGUCGAGUGGACAAAAGAAUGUCUCCAAGCGAAUCCGUCACACAAUGAUGACUGCAGGCAAAGCCACGUUCUUUACUUCUUUUACCACAACUGCUGCUUUUGCUGCCAAUGUAUUCUCUUCAAUCCCUGCUGUACACCAAUUUGGUCUGUUCAUGUCACUAAUCGUGUCCUGUUGCUGGGUAACUGUCAUGCUCAUAAUGCCGGCUGCACUCUAUAUAUGGGCGCUGGCUAUCUACAAAUGUGAAGAGGCUGUUGCUAGGCUUAUAUCUCGCCUUUUUGGUCGGUCAAAGAGUACAUUCUCUGCCAAGCUGUGCCUUCCUGCUGAUAUAGCCCGCUUUGUGCGGGGACAGGCCCCCAGUAAUCUCUUUGUACCUGCUCAGUCCUGUAAUGAAGACAGUUCCGUGGAGGUGUCGGACUCCCCUGAUGAGGAUGAUGUCCCCUUAUUAAUGAUGGAGGACCCUAUGCAGGAGUAUUUUGAUGCAGUUGAGGAUGAAGGUUUGCUGGAUUUAACAUUCAAGCUAGAGGAUCAGAAAGAAGAUUUACUUUUCAGCAAGAUGUUACAAGGUUUCACCUUUCACUGUAUAGCGCGUCCCAUGACACAUAUACGCUGGGGUGUGUUAGUUCUAUCCCUGGUGAUCCUGGGUGUAUCCAUCGGUCUGAUGAUCCAACUUACUCCAGCCACACGACCUCCACAGCUUUUCCGAGCGGACACAAAUCUGCAGAUGUUACUUGACCUGAAGAGUAACCUGAGCGUAGACACGAUCUCCUGUCCACGCUGUUCGGCUAUAUAUAGCAUGAAUCCUGCAUAUAACCAAGGGCACCAAUUCCAUCACCCUCCAAGUUAUCACCCAGCGAACACCCCUGUCCAUCAUGUACCGGUAUCUUCUGCGAAUACACCACCUGUCCAUCACAGACCGGUCACUAGCCCGGCGACCCCACCUGUUCCCACACCUGUGACAGUGCCACCCCUACAAGUCACUACUAAAUGGUCCGCCACUAAAGGCAGAAAAUUCCAGCCCACAAAAGUGAAGACUAUAAAACCAACUCCUAAAUCUAUAACAUCACCAAAGUUUCCAGUCCAAACUCCAGUACCCAUCACACCCAAACCCUCACCACAUCCCACUGACACAGCUAUGCAUUGGACUCCUCGACUUCCCCGACCAGGUGCACCCACUACAGGUCAAAGGUCAGGAGGUGUCAGUGUGUGCCAAGGGCAUGACUGCUCAGACAUCAAGGAUCGUCCCAUGCUAGAGAGCGGCGCCGUGGUACACGUUGUGUUUGGGAUCAAAGGCAUAGACAGAAGUAAAAUAUCAGUUGGUCACGUUCUCGACCAGUCUCAGGGAACAGUAGAAUUUGACUCCAAAUUUAGCAAGUUUUUCUCCUUUAAUGAGGAUCUAGUCAGUGUAUUGGAUGGUAUAAAGACGUUGUGUCGAAUCUGUCAACGCAUUGCCAAUGAAAGUAGCCUUGUCCGUAAGGGCAGUGCCCAAUGCUUCCCUGCCCAUAUGGCUUGUCUGGACCAGAUCCCAGAGUGUCGGGACCUACAGCAGACCCAGUCCGUGUAUGGUCGUCAGGCACCGGCCCACUUUGCAGGGGGUCUUACAACCAAUAAGACCGGACUACUGUGGUGGGCGUUUGCCUUUGAGUCUACCACUCCAAAGGGAAUUUCAUACUUCAAGGCAUACCAGCAGUAUCUGAAGUGGGAAGCUCUGAUAGAAGACAUUAAAUCUUCUGAACAUCAACAUGUAGAAGUGCUAGGUUCUAUGUUCCAAACAUCACAGUUUUGGACAAAGGUCCUGAUGGAGGUAGUAGCAGUAAACAGUGCUAUCUACGGCCUUGUUCUGUCCAUGGUAGUGUGUAUGGUUGCCGUGGCGCUGUUUACCGGGCAUAUACUGCUUCUCUUUAUCGUCUUCAUAUGUAUACUGCAGAUGAUCUGCCUGGUGGUUGGAAUAUUUUACCUGGCUGGUUGGGAGAUGGGUGGGGUGGAAGCCAUCUCGCUGUCUAUACUAGUCGGAUCCUCUGUAGACUAUUGUGUACAUCUAGUCGAAGGAUAUCUACUAGCAGGAAAGGCCCUUCCCGAGGACAAGAAACAGUCCGCCUCAUCUGCCAGACGCUGGAGAACUAAGGCAGCUAUAACACAUAUUGGUGUGUCCAUCCUGUCAAGUGCUCUGACCACUAUAGUGGCUGCCAUUCCUUUAACCCAGACAAUCAUCAAGCCAUUUGCCAAGUUUGGUCAGAUCGUGGCCAUCAACACUUCAGUAUCCAUUGUGUACUCACUGACAGUCUGCUCGGCUUUCCUGGCAACCAUCGCCCCAGGUUACUUCACCCCGACCUGGAAGUCGUACUUGAAGGCUCUGGCAGGGACUGUACUCUUCUUGGGCACCACUGUACUGUCUGUAUACGGGGCCUCAAAGGCUGGUGUGUUUAUUCCCGGUCCUAAUGGAGAGGCACUUUUCCCUAACUGACACACUCGGCUAAGGAGUUUGCAAGACGAUGAGGUCCAAAAGAGGAUGCAUGAUUGAAUAAUGAAGUAUAAUCACUGCUUGCUUAAAGAAAUCUGCUGUUAAUUUUGUUGUAUGUAUUGCGAUGAUGUCUAGACACAGUUUCUGUGGAAGGUUCAUUUCAUAAUACAUAUCAUAGUUGUUAAGAAAUAUUUAUCCAAAUUGGAAUUAUGUAAUGAAUGAUAAGAUUUUAUAGGAAUAUGAUGAUAGGACUUUUAUUCUUUUCCAUAUAUAAAGGAUCACACAACAUGUUCCCUCAGAAAGUCUCUGACUAGUGAAAGAUAAUCUCUGUUAAAAGAGACUUUUACCUCAUGAAUAUUCAUAGAAAUGACUAUAUUAUUACUUGCAUGUAUCUCCCACCGUAUAUAUCAUUACUGUGAGACCUGUUGUGUGUUUAAAUCAUGGUUUUGAUACUUAAAUUGAUUUCGCUCUCUGAGAAAAGCAUACUUUAUCUUUUGUUUUUAUACUUUUACCUGACAGUAUACUAUAUACCCUCAAACUUUUUAUUACUCGAUAUGUGCUGCUACACUAAUUAUGACUAAUUGACACUAAUGAUGGUAAGCAGAAUUUUCAACAGUUAUUGUAAUGAUGCAGAACAGGUGAUAGUAAGCAGAAUUUUAAGAAGUUGUUGUAAUGAUGUAGAACAGGUCAUAGUACCGGGUAGGCAGAAUUUUAAACAGGUACCAAGCAGAAUUUUAAACAGUUACUGUAAUGAUGUAGAAGAGAUAAAAGUUUACUUUGGACAGAUGUCUUGCUGCGUAAUUCGGCUUUAAUAGAUCUAGAUGAAGUAUUGACUCGUUUCAACACUAAGGCAUCAGAACAAAUUUGAAAUACAAACAUUCAGGUCUAAUGUACAAAAUGCAGUGCCUCCAGACAAGCCAAUUUGUUCUGAUAACAACAUGCCUUAGUGUCGGAACGGGUCAACACUUACCUAUUAAAGCCGAACUACCAAGCAAUAUCUUGUUAUGGUCGCCUAUUGAUUAAUCUGCGUCUAUGGCUGGACUGCUGGAUAGCCCAGAACUCUUUUUACACUGAUGUUGGAGCUCCCACUCCCUAUAUUUUUAACAGAUGUGUUUACAAUGGUCAAAAAUCAGACAUUUGUAGAAUUGUUGUGGGUUCACAUACGGCCAUGGGUGUUACUGGAAUAGAGCUGUCAUGGCCACAAAACAUCUGUCUGAAGCUUUCACCGACCACUAGUACUGUGUAAUAGGUCCUGUCAGUCCAUCGUCUUAUAGCUGUUUCAGUAAGGGGUAACCGAACACCAGACCUUCAGUUCCUGAUCUUACUAUAAGUCAACUGUUGAAUGACAGGAUAAUUAAUAAAUACAUUUCCUUUUAGGUAUCAACUGUCUCUAUAAUGCUGUAGUGAUUGUGAUGACUUUAAGAAUUUUCUAGGCUUAUUAAAAUAGCAUUCUGACCAGUAUUGCUGUUGGACAGUUUACCACUAUUGUCACAUUAUUCUAAUAAGAGGAAUUUAUCCAUACACACAUGUCUUUUACCCCAAUAUUUACAAUUACCUUUUUACCCGAAGACUAUUUUUGUUACUGUCCAUGUUAAUAUGACGAUCAUUAAUUUUACUAACAAGUGUUUCUUUGCUGUUAAGAGCAAUACUCACUUUAUAUUCCCUCAUGAUUAAUUUAUUAUUAGAAUGUUUUAUUGUUUGUCUGUGUUGCUUUUGCCAUGAUUUUAGAAUACAAUUAACAUCGUCUGGGAAUUGAGGACUAUAUUCCUCUGUGAGAUACAGACUUCACCUAUUUAUCCCGCUUGAGGACUCGAGAAAAUAGAUCAUGGUGAGCAUGGAAGAAAAUGUGUCCUAUGAUAUUGUUUAAUUUAUCACCUCUGUUGGUGGUACCUUUUUAACAAACCUGAAGUCCUUCCAUUGAGGAGGCAUUUUACUAGAGUAAGCGUUAAAGAUUACAUUGUACAUGUAUGAUGUUGAAAAUUAGAAUUUUUUUUGCAGAGAUUUUUUGAAAUUUUUCAUCAAGAGUUUGGCAAAAAGCAAUUUUUAUCAUUAUCCAGUAAAAAGAAAAGUUUUAUAAAACUUUUUCAUUCCUCUGUAAAUUUUAAUCUCCAAUAAUUGAAUUAGAUAUUUAUUUUUGUGAUUAUAAUUUAAACAAUUUUGUAUAUAUUUUUCUCAAAACAUUUUUAGCUUAGUGUAUGAUUGUAUGUUCCAUGUUUAAGUUAAGGUAUAUUGUGAUAAGAUAAUCAAAUCCACGAGUACUGUUUGCUGUGUGUUUUAAAUAGUUUUAAUUUAAGCUUAAAUAUGUUAUUGUUAUGUGUAUUGAAGCUUUUAAGCAUGUUAUAACCUACAGUUGAUAAAAAAUCUUUUAAUUAUUGGCUAGACUGAUCAGGUUGACAUAUAUUUGUAAUCAGUGAAGAACCGAUUUCCUACCAUAUUUCACAAGUACAUCCCUGUUUUGGUAAGGAAAAUAUAAAUCUCUUUUAAUAUCUCUUUCUAGCAAAAGUGCUCACAUACGCCUUUAUUCUGAAGACAAAAUCACUCACAAUAGGAUGACAUCAUCACUUUAUGCAGUGUAACAUAACAAUAUGAUGACAUCAUCACUUUAAGCAGUGUGUGAUGUCAUCAAUUUAUACAUUGUAACCAUAACAAUAGGAUGAGUAACCAUAACAGUGGGAUGACAUCAUCACUUUAUGCAGUGAAUGACAUCAUCACUUUAUGCAGUAUACGACAUCAUCACUUCAUGCUGUCCAACCUAUCACAAUCAAAUAACUUUACUAAUUUUAUCUCACAUUCCAUGCACCAUUGACAAAGACCAGAUGUAUUUGAUUCACAUUCAACAUAUUUUAUCACAACUUGCUGUAGCAAAUUACAAGAAAGUGAAAUUUAGAAAAUAUCAUAAACCUGAUAUGUGUAAUUUAAAUUGAUAUCUUGAUUAUCGGGAUGAAAUUUUUCAAGUUUAACUUAUUUUUCAGUUUAACCAAACCUGUGAUGAGACAGUUUUACAUCUGAUCAAUCUGGGGUCCAAAUACGUGUAUUUUACAGAUGAUGUCAGUUCUAGAAUCAUUAAGAUCGUUUUUGGUUGAUUUUUUAAACUGUUCUUUUACUAUUCCUGUUAUAUGGACUAGGAACCCUGCCACACUGAAAGCAAAUCCAAGUUUUCUACUGACUGUGUUAACCACUUGUACGCUUAUAUUUAAUUUUGCUUCUUAUUUACUUUUGCUUUUUGUAAAGUUUCUCUGCAAAUGGGCUCCAAAUGAUGGACAGUAGACAUCAACGGGCUUGUGAUAAUGAAAUACUUUAUACAUUCCAGAAAUUUGAUAGUGGGAAAUUCUGAUUUGUAAAAUGAAAUCUUAUGUUUACAAUACACUUUACUGAUGAUAACUGGAAAGUGCACAAUUUUUCGAUGUAUUUUAUUGAAAAGAAUUUUCAAAUUGAUUGAUAGUUUAUUGAAGCUUUCUUGUUGUGUGGUUUAUUAGACACAGAUUUUGAUAAAUUCCUUCAGUUGUUUGUUUUUGUAGGAACCUCUCAUUACAUUGUUAAUUUAUGUCCGAAAGUUUAACAGUAUGAUGUUAUAAAAAAUCAUUUAAAAAAAUUGGAUGUAAUCCCUGCAUAAAGCUUAUGUCAACCUUUGAACUUUGCAACAACAAUAUAGAAGUGAUGCUGACCUUUGAACUGUGUAGCCCUUACUAUGUAAUACCUAGAAUCCCUCAAAGUUAUGCUGACCUUAGAACUAUGAAGGCAGAAGCCCCAAUAUUGAAGUGAUUCUGAGCUUUGAACUAUGUAACCCCUAUAUAAAGUGAUGCUGACCUUUGAACUAUAUAACCCCUAUAUAUAAUUGAUGCUGACCUUUGAACUAUGUAACCCCUAUAUAAAAGUGAUGCUGACCUUUGAACUAUAUAACCCCUAUAUAGAAGUGAUGCUGACCUUUGAACUAUGUAGCCUCUAUAUAGAAGUGAUGCUGACCUUUGAACUUUGUAGCCUCUAUAUAGAAGUGAUGCUGACCUUUGAACUAUGUAGCCUCUAUAUAGAAGUGAUGCUGACCUUUGAACUUUAUAACCCCUAUAUAGAAGUGAUGCUGACCUUUGAACUAUAUAACCCCUAUAUAGAAGUGAUGCUGACCUUUGAACUUUGUAGCCUCUAUAUAGAAGUGAUGCUGACCUUUGAACUAUGUAGCCCCUAUAUAGAAGUGAUGCUGACCUUUGAACUUUGUAACCCCUAUAUAGAAGUGAUGCUGACAGUAUUAUUUCACUGGUUAGAAUCUCAGGUGUAUUGUGAUCCAUGUCAGACAUAUCUGAAUUUUAUAACAGAUAUAACCACGACUGUCCAAUGCUUGUAGUAUUUAUUGUCAAUCAAUUUUUAUUCAGAAAAAAGUCUGAUUUUGUUUCAUAAAUUCAAUAUAUUUUCUUCAGCAGGGACGAAUAUCCAAUCCACGGUCCAUAUAUUUAUAUAUGAUACUAUAAUGCAUAUACACGGUAUACAUAUGGACGGUGGAUUGGGAAUUUGUGCCUGCAGUUACUUUCUGAGCAGUGUAAUUUGGUUGUAGACCCUUUGUUUACCCGGGAGAGUCUAGGAGAUUACUUACUGUAUACUGUAGUUUAGAGUGACUUGUCACAUCCCACUCAGUGCAAUGUAGUUGUCCAAGCCAUCAAUUUGUGCCAGGUCUUGGAGAUAUAUUUAGUCACUGUAGUGUAUAGAUAGAAUAUUUGAGAGGGUUGUUACAUAAUAAUUUAUCCUGAUAACUUGCAUAUCUUUUCUACUUAUUGUUGAAUUUUAAAGUGAUUGGUGCUUUUAUUUAUGAAUAGAUUUUGUUUAACAAAAAAAUCUCCUAAUUAUCAAUGUUUUAUUUAAUUAGAAAUCUCAUUUGUUUUUUGCUUCUGUUUGAAUGUUUGUUGCAUAUUUAUAUAUUACAUGAAUGAGUCCUAUAGCUCAGUACUGUCAGUUACGUUGUUUUUCAGAAAGCGACAUUUUCAAGAUGACAGAACUCUCCUUAGGACCUCUCAUGCGGGCUCAAACCAU